GUCGAAACGACGACGGAGAAGCCCAGUCGGUGCGCCGUAUAAAUCCUAACCAAUCGCCACCCCCAAAUCCCACCACCCUCUCCCCCUUCCACCGCUCGCGAUCUCUCCUCCCAGCCCCGCCAUGGAGGUGUUCUACUAUCUCGUGUUCGGCGCGCUCGCCGCCGUCGUGGCGGCGCUGGAGCUCGGCAAGUCCGGCAAGGACCGCGUCGCCACCUCCCCAGCCUUCAACUCCUUCAAGAACAACUACAUCCUCGUCUACUCCCUCAUGAUGUCUGGGGACUGGCUGCAGGGGCCCUACGUGUACUACCUCUACAGCCAGUACGGCUUCGACAAGGGCGACAUCGGCCGCCUCUUCAUCGCCGGCUUCGGCUCCUCCAUGCUCUUCGGCACCAUCGUCGGAUCCCUCGCGGAUAAGCAGGGGCGGAAGAGGGCGUGCGUCACCUACUGCAUCACCUACAUCCUGAGCUGCUUCACCAAGCACUCCCCCGAGUACAAGAUUCUGAUGAUUGGGCGCGUGCUCGGAGGCAUUGCCACGUCGCUGCUCUUCUCGGCGUUCGAGUCGUGGCUUGUCGCUGAGCAUAACAAGAAAGGAUUUGAUCCACAAUGGUUGUCCAUAACAUUCUCCAAGGCUAUAUUUCUUGGCAAUGGUCUAGUCGCCAUUGUCGCCGGGCUAUUUGCAAAUUUUCUUGCUGAUAACAUGGGUUUUGGCCCUGUGGCUCCAUUUGAUGCUGCUGCUUGCUUCCUAGCAAUAGGAAUGGCAAUUAUCUUAUCAUCAUGGGGUGAGAAUUAUGGAGAUUCAUCUGACAGCAAGGACUUGAUGACCCAGUUCAAGGUUGCAGCUAAAGCCAUUGCUUCAGAUGAAAAGAUUGCAUUGCUUGGAGCCAUACAGUCAUUGUUUGAGGGUUCAAUGUAUACUUUUGUCUUCCUAUGGACUCCUGCUCUGAGCCCAAAUGAUGAAGAAAUUCCUCAUGGCUUCAUAUUUGCUACAUUCAUGCUCUCCUCGAUGCUUGGUAGCUCAAUUGCUUCUCGUCUAUUAGCUCGGAAGCUGAAGGUUGAAGGUUAUAUGCAAAUUGUGUUUGCAGUAUCAGCCUUUACUCUUUUCCUCCCUGUUGUUACCAAUUUCCUAGUACCUCCCUCCUCAGCGAAAGGUGGUAGCAUUUCAUUAGGAGGCUGUCUGCAACUUCUUGGUUUCUGUACAUUUGAGUCAUGCGUUGGCAUAUUCUGGCCAUCAAUCAUGAAGAUGAGAUCUCAAUAUAUUCCUGAGGAAGCAAGAAGCACAAUCAUGAAUUUUUUCCGCAUACCACUCAACCUGUUUGUUUGUGUGGUGCUAUACAAUGUAAAUGCAUUCCCGAUCACUGUCAUGUUUGGCAUGUGCUCCAUUUUCCUUUUCAUGGCAGCAAUCUUGCAGAGACGGCUAAUGGUUGUCUCUGAUCUUCACAAGUCAACAAAAGCGGUAGAGAUGACUGCAGAAGAUGAGCCUCUGAACCCUUAGAAAACAACAAGACCAUAGAAGCAAAUCGGAGAUCAAAAUGGCCCAAUCCUUCUUCCCACUAGGAUGCAUAAUAAGAUCAACAUCACAAGGCUGUAAGGGAACUCGGUUUAGUGUUUCUGUUAGGAUUGGUGCUUGCGCAGUUUCCAGUUUUGUCAGGACAGAGAAACAUGAUGUAGCUGAGUCUUGACCACUGAGCUACACACGGCAGAGUAGAGCUUGGCAAAGUCCCCCAUAUUUUUCUCCAUUUUUUUGCCUCUUUAUGUUUGCUGGUAGGAUUGAUAUUUGUAUUCAAAAUGCCAAAAGUAUGAUGGAAGCCUGUUUCCCUAAUGCAAACGCCGAGUAGUGUAAGGGCUUGUUUGGAUCAAAGGUUUUUCAUGGGAA